CUGAGUUUUAUUAAAAUGACAACAGCUAAAGUAGAUGAUCUAAGCAUUUCAUCGGUAUUAAAUAUUUUGCAGGACAAAUAUAUCAGUAAACAGCAUGUAUUAUUUGAGGAAGAACUAGAGAAAAUGGUGUCAAAAGAUGACUAUCUUGUGUCUUGGUCUAAUCCAUCAGUCCUUAGUAAAACAUAUGCCUAUGAAAUAACUCAACAUAGCAUUCUACAUUCAGAAAUUCAAGAUUGGAUCAAUACUAAUUCAAAUGAAAAUAUUCGCGCAUAUUUCAAUCUAAAUGCACAUGUUAUUGUUUUGUAUAAUCAUCUUGACAUUUAUAUACAAUCGUUUGAUUUAAAGUCUAAAAAAUCAUCAACAAUAACGCUGCCCUUGAUAGAUUUAUCAACUCAGCAAACUGCAUCUUCAUUAUUUGAUAUUUUUAUUGAUAAAUUAAAUGUGACAAGUAUAAUGAUUGCAGUUAAUAAUUUAGGAAAGAUUCACUACUAUCAAGACUGCUUUAAGAAUGUCUGUAUAAAGUUUGAAGUGCCUUUGAAAUAUUAUAAUGAAUAUAUUACAUCUGUUAAAUUAGUGGAUGCAGACCAAGCAGUAAUCGGCUCGUCUACAGGUGAAAUUUAUGUCGUAACAUUUCAAAAAGUUAAUAGCAAGAAGAAUCAGAUACAAAUGAAUACCCUUUAUAAACGUACAUUCACCACUACAGAACUAUUACAUUUUCCAAAUUUUGUCAAGUUAAGAUCAAUGAAUUGCUUGUCAAAUGAAAAUAAGCCACCUAUUAUAGAAACAGGACCUAUAAUAAGCAUUUGUGCAUUAAAUGAUCUAUAUUAUAUCUGCAGCAAUAAGGAUAUUUCAAUAUGGAAAUAUAAUAAACAAUAUAAUCAAAUGGAGCUUGUCUUUAGAAAAAAAAUUGAAUUGGAUAUUAUUGACAAUGUAGCUAAGCAUAUACCUUCACAAAUUUCAAAAGAGAGUAUAAAGUGCGAUAUAGUAAAUAUGAAUAUUAUAACAAAUAAUGAAGUUGUAAUACUGGCUUCUUAUACAGUGCCCGAAAUGAAAAACUAUGUUCAGUAUAUUGUCAUUAAAUUUUGCAUUGAGCUAAAUGAUAACGAGUUUUUAAUAUAUGUUAACCAUACAGCUUCAAUACCUUAUUCAGAUGUACGUUCUACGCUACGACAAAAAAUACCUCAGUUAUUGGUAACUCAAAAUAUGGCGUUUAUCGCAUUUGACAGGGCUGUUAUUGCAGUUUCACUUGAUCGUAAAUCAGUCUUUGAAGAAUCUAUCGUACUUUGUCGUUCUGAAGAUUCUAUAUUAUGGAUUGAGGAAAUGAAUGAAAAAGAAAAUGAUUUGAAUUCGGUGUUAGUAAUGACUGCUAAAAGCGGAUUUCUUAAAUUUCAAAUCAACAUAUCAAAGAUUCAAGAAUCAAGGCUAACUGGUAACAUAUAUGCUAGUUUAGUGGAGAAUAUCGAAAGAAGAGACACCUUGGUGUUUAAAUCAAGACUUGAACAAGCAGUAUUUUUUGGAGAGCCAGAUAAGUCGCCACUACAAUUUCCCCUUCGAGUUGAACAAGAAGAUAUAUCAAUAGCAACUAUGUCUCUACUAAAUGAUAUUCAAAAUGGCAUAUGUCCUUUUCUUCCCAAGACCUUAGACUUUGAUUUAUACAUUGAAGCAAAGUAUUACUUUCAAAAGAGGAUUUUUGGAGUACUGAAAGAUAAUAUGCUACAUAAUCAACUGACUUCAAAAGAACGUUACGAAUUGAUGAAAACUACAGAACUUUACUAUAUAAGUUGUAUAUUAAAAGAAUAUUUUAAGAAUCAUAUUUUAGAUAUACAUUUUAAGCAACAUUUAGUUGGAAUUAUUCAAACAAUUACUGGAACCAAAAUAAUAGAUGAUGACUUGCAAAUUGAAGAAUUUUUAAAAAAUUAUAUUCUAAAAAUAAAGAUUUUAUUCAAACAGUUUGAAUUCUUUAGGUCAUUUCCAGAUACAUUUGAUAUUCUGACUAUAGUCGUAGUAAAAACAUAUAUUUAUGAAGAAAAAUGCUUCUCUAUAUAUGGUCUUGACAAAAGAAAUGUGAAAAGGGUCUCAGCUCAACUAAGUGAUAUCCUCUCUACUGUACUCAAUAAUGUUAUAAAAGAUAUAAAGAAUCAUAAAGAUUCUGUGGACCCAAUGGAUUUGGAUUAUACGGAAAACAAUAAUAAACAAGAGAAUAGUAUAAUAACAGACUCUUCUUCUAUAUCAAUUAUAAAGCAAAGACUAUUUGGUGCUAUUAAACUACUAUUAAAUACUUUAAAAAUGGAACAAGAAAUGAAUGAAAAUCCAUUAUCCAAACAAAUGUAUAAUAAUUUACGUAAAAUGGCAUUUAAGGGGUUGUGUAUAAUCAAUCAAUAUGAGUUGGCUAUCGAACUUGCAAAGGACCAUAAUUGUACUACCUUUGUUAUCAAAUUAUUACAAAAUUCUCAACUGUCUUAUGAUGAAAUGAAAGAGAAGAAUAUUGAUUAUAUUAAUCUGUUUGGUAAGCAAUAUUUCAAUCCUUUACUUGAAUAUCUUGAGAAGCAAAAUCAACAUCAAACUAUGUUAGAAUUAUGUCUUCUAUUCCCUGACUUUGCAAAUGAUUUUCUUGUAAACAAUUCUGUUCCAAAAGUAUCAUGGAUCUUUUAUUUGAGGCAAAACGAAUUUCUUCGUUCAUUGAAUUCCCUAAAUGAAUAUCUUCAAACUGAUUUAACAGAGGAGCAACGUGAUUUUCUUUCAAGCUGGUAUAAAAUGAUUUCUGUUGCUAUAUCAGAGAUAUCAGAUAAAGCUAAUCCAUAAUGGCUGUUUACACGCUAAAUAUUGCAUAUAUAAAUAAGUAAAUAAAUCUAUGCUAAUUUGUUUUUUUUUUAAAGUUUUAAAGCUAAGCAAAUGAC